UCCGUGUCCUCGUCCCGCCUGCUCGCUAAUCCCACCGCUGAUUGGGCGGUUACUGGCUGGUUAAGUUGGCGGCGAGGUUGGGGGCGCGAUGGCGUCGGAGCCGGUGGCGCGGGCGGUGGCGGAGGAGGUGGUGCGGUGGGGGAGCAUGAAGCAGACGGGGGUCAGCCUGCGCUACAUGAUGGAGUUCGGCUCUUGCCCCACCGAUCGCAACCUGCUCCUCUCCGCGCAGUUCCUGCAAAGGGAGCUCCCCAUCCGCAUCGCGCGCCGCGCGCUCGAGCUCGACUCGCUGCCCUUCGGGCUCUCCAACAAGCCCGCCAUCCUCAAGGUGAGGGAUUGGUACUUGGACUCGUUCCGCGACAUCAGAUACUUCCCUGAAGUGAGGAGUCGGAACGACGAGCUUGCUUUCACACAGAUGAUUAAAAUGGUCAAGGUGCGGCACAAUAAUGUGGUUCCAACAAUUGCUUUGGGAGUGCAGCAACUGAAAAACCAAAUGUGUCGCACAAGGAAGGUUCCCUUUGGAUUCGACGAGAUCAACGAGUUCCUUGAUCGAUUCUACUUGUCAAGGAUUGGCAUCCGCAUGCUGAUAGGGCAGCAUGUGGCUUUGCAUGAUCCUGAACCAGAGCCUGGCGUCAUAGGCCUCAUUAAUACAAGAUUGUCCCCCAUACAGGUGGCUCAAGCUGCCUGCGAAGAUGCCCGUUCUAUUUGUUUAAGGGAAUAUGGAUCAGCGCCUGAUAUUAACAUUUACGGUGAUCCAAAUUUUACAUUUCCAUACGUCGCAUCACACCUACAUCUGAUGUUACUUGAAUUGGUGAAGAACUCGCUUCGUGCAGUGCAAGAACGAUAUAUGAAUUCUGAUAAAGAUGUUCCCCCAGUUAGGAUUAUAGUUGCUGAUGGAGAAGAGGAUGUUACUAUCAAGGUUAGUGAUGAAGGUGGCGGGAUAGCAAGAAGUGGCCUCCCAAGAAUUUUCACAUAUCUGUAUAGCACUGCAAAGAAUCCACCUGAUCUAGAGGGACCUAAUGAAGGAGCAACUAUGGCCGGAUAUGGUUUCGGGCUCCCAAUCAGCCGCCUUUAUGCUCAGUAUUUUGGUGGUGACUUGCAAAUCAUUUCUAUGGAAGGUUAUGGUACAGACGCUUACCUCCACUUGUCACGUCUGGGAGAUUCAGAGGAACCCCUGCCUUGAUGACUUGAUUUAGUCCUGACACGACUCUCUUCCUGUAAUUAGGCUGCCCUUCAUCUUGUAAUAGAAUCCAGUGCUGGUCUGCACGUAUUGUUCUAAUGGGCCAGCCACCUAUAGCUAUAGUUGGUUUCAUCUUUCUGCUCUGCUGCAUUGUGAGCACGAGCACUCCUACUUCCUAUGAUCCCUGUUCCGGGUUUCAGAAAAAUAGUAUACGAUUAUGAUCUCUCAUCCUCCCAGAAAUUAGCAUUACAAAUAGGCUCUUGGAGCGUUACUGAUAAUCGCAAAGUGCAGUUUGUUCUCAGUAGAAGCUAAUUUCAUCACCUGCAUCCCGUGCUGUACAGAGUCUGGAUUCAGCAUUGUGCAGUCUUUUAAGUUGUACUAGUUUCAUCAACAAGCAAUGAACACAUGGAGGUCUCUACAAGGUGUGGUACCAUCUACCUAGACAGACCAAGCUCUGCUCUGAUGCACUGCACCGUGUGAUCAGUCUUUACAUUGAGCCCAGCUCAAGUUCCCGUGAUGGAGAAGCACCGCACUGAUGUAAACAGGGAUGUCUCAGCCUCAACCAACCUCAGUGACAUUUGCGUCAGCAGAUUAAGCUCUCUGGUCUGCUGCACCCGCGGUGUCUGUGUAAAUAUGUAAUGUUAUCAGUCCUAUUCCUGGAGGAAUAAAGUUCGGUUUCCCA